UCAGAGCGCUCCGCGUUGCCUCAUAAAUCCAGCCGGGAACGGCGGAAUUAAUGCGCCUGGAAAUGGCGGGACGGAGCGUAAACCUCCUGGAGCUGAGCCGAAAUCCCUUGGGACUGAGCCUAAGCCCCCUGGGAUGGAGCCUAAAUCCCCGGGGAUGGAGCCAAAGCGCCCAAAUCCUGGAUUUUCCCAAGGACUGGGGUGGUCCUGGCGCGGGGGGCCGGCGGUGACGUCACCUCGCCCCGCCCUUUCCGGCGUUGUCCUGAGGCGGCGCCGCCAUUACCGCGCUCGCCGCUCACGGGGCCGGUGCUGGGCCGGGUCCAGCGCUGGUCCCGGGGCUCCUUCGCCACCGGAGCGUCCCCGCCGGGUCCCCAGUGAGCAUGGAGCCCCAAGAGGUGCCCCCUCGCCAGCUGCUGGAGCGGCAGGUCGCUGUGGUGGCCACCUUGGGCGAGGUGGUGGCCGCCGUGACCGGGCGGCACAGGGACGCGCGGCAGCGAGUGUCCCCGGUGUUCCUGCGCGCGGCCCUGGGCAGCUUCACCCGGAACCUCUGCGAGAUCCUGGACCACGGCGAUGUCACCUCCCUGCGCUACUUUGGUGUCCCCUCCCUGGGCCGGGCCCUGGCUGCCUUCGAAGCCACCCCAGAGGCAUGUGACAAUGCCAUCGCGGCGGUCGUGGCCUGGCGGAAGAUGGUGGACGCGCUUCAGGGAAGAUGGGGGCAGCUGGCGUGCGAGGCCGCUGAGCUCUGUGCUGCCACCACCCAGGCCAGGGACCCGCAGGACAAGGCCGCCCGCCGGGGGACAGAUCGGGACAAGCUGGUGGCCGCAGGCCGGUGGCCGACGGUGGACUGGGACUGGGAGGAGGAGGAGGAGGUGGCCUCGGUGGGGGGCACACGCGAUGCCUGGGAGGCAGCGGCCGCCAGUGAGGAGGAGGUGGCCAUCAACGAGGAGGAGGUGGCCAUGAGUGAGGAGGAGCUGGCUGCCAACGAGGAGGAGGCGGCCAUCAACAAGGAGGAGGUGGCCAUCAAGGAGGAGGAGUUGGCCACCAACGAGGAGGAGCUGGCUACCAACAAGGAGGAGGUGGCCACCAGCCAGGCCACGGGAGAGGCCGUGGUGGCCGCCAGCCGGGCGAGGGCGGCCGCCAGGAGGGGACAUUGGGCAGAGGCGGCCCUGGAGCCGCUGCAGCGCUUGGUGGCCGCGUGUGACAGUGCCAUUGCCUUCACCAGGAACAUGCAGUUCUACCUCUGGGAGAUCAACGUCAUCCUCAAGUUUGGGGACCAAGCGUCCCGCGAUGUCCUCGAGGCCUUGGAGGCCAAAGUGGCCGAGUUUCAGCAGCUGUGGGACGCCAGCGCCCGCCUGUGCAGGGAGUACCUGCUGGGGACACUUGAGCUCAUUGACAAGCUGCUCUUGAGUCCCUAUGGUGGCCCUGGUGGCCCCAGUGGCCCCGGCAGCCGCGUGGUGACCGAGCGGUGCCGAGAAGCCAUCGAGAACAUCCCGAGGCUGCUGUGGGGACAGUGAUGUCACCGCUGUGACAUCAUUGGGGCAGUGAUGCCACUGGAGAGACUUGUGGACACUUGUGGGCCACCAGCUCCUCAAGUGCCACCAGCUCCACAAGUGCCACCAGCUCCCCGUGUCACCAAGAUUCCCUCAGGUGCCACCAGCCCCUCAGGUGCCACCAGGUCCUCGUGUCACCAAGGUCCCCUCAGGUGCCACCAGCUCCUGGUGUCACCAAGAGCCCCUCAAGUGCCACCAGCUCCUGGUGUCACCAGCUCCCCGUGUCACCGGGUCCUCGUGUCUCCAAGGUCCCCUCAAGUGCCACCAGCCCCUGGUGUCACCAAGAUCCCCUCAAGUGCCACCAGCUCCUGGUGUCACCAGCUCCCUGUGUCACCAAGGUCCCCUCAGGUGCCACCUGCUCCCCGUGUCACCCGGUCCUCGUGCAGGAGAACCCGGGGGGUCCCGUGGGGCUCGGUCUGUCCCCUCCCCCGUUAUCAGCUGGGACCCCCUGUGAGAAACCAGGGUCAGAAUUGAAAUUUUUAUAAACGUUUGUUAAGGGAUAAAAUCCUGGCGCUAAUUGCCAAUAGCUGCCUGUUAAUUAAACCACGUUCUUUAUAUUCCGUUACAUCACAGAGGUUCAUGCAUGUUCAUGAGGGUUGAUGCAUAUUCAGUAUUGAUCUAAAAAGAAAAACAUGUAUGAAUAAUGAAAUAGAAAUGUAUAUUUUUAAAAAUGCUUUACAUUAAUGUAUUUUAUACCAACAGAAUUUAUAUUAU